AGCUCAGUCGCCGGUUACAUAGCGGAUGAGCGGCGGUAGGGGGAGGAUGGAGACACCGGAGAAAUAGCUAACGACACACCAUCGACCCUGGCUCGACAGACCGCGAUAUUUUAAAAACUUUUAGGUUUAUCCACGGACCUUCAAGACUCUGAUGCCUGAAGAAUGGACUACAACAACGGCUCAGUUGGCAGCUUGUGAGAGGUGAGAUGCUUGAAGUCGAAGCGCUGAAUACCAAAUUGCCUUCUUCUACUAUCAAGAGAUAGCCAGUCUGCUGGAUGGAGACGCGGGAGGAAUGACAGAGUCUCUUCCCCCCAGGGUGACACACCGACAGUUGGAGAAAAUGCACUGGGCCGCUGGAUAUGUUUCUCUGGUCCUGGCGUCCCUUAUCGCCUCUCACACCGCCGGGGCCUUAUCGGUGGACACGGACGGAAACCGUACAGAGAGCAGCAACGUGACAGACGGCGGAUCUGUCCCAGUUGUGUUCACUAAAGUGAGCCAGAUAAUUGCCCGGGAGGGGAGCUGCGCGCUGAUUGAUUGCAAUGUCACCGGAGAGCCGUUCCCCAGCGUUCAGUGGUUCAACUCCCAUGGAGACCGUCUGGACACGGAGACGAAUGGAGAGAAGUGGUGGCUGCUGGACUCUGGCGUCCUCAACAUCACCAGCAUCGAGUUUGCAGACCGCGGAAAGUACACCUGCAUGGCGUCAAACGUGCACGGCAGCUCCAACUGCACAGUGACGCUGCGAGUGGUCUUCACUAACGGCGACAUGGGCGUGUACUACAUGGUGGUGUGUCUGGUCACCUUCACCAUCAUCAUGGCGCUGAACGUCACUCGCCUCUGCAUGAUGAGCAGCCACCUGAAGAAGACGGAGAAAGCCAUCAACGAAUUCUUCCGCACCGAGGGCGCCGAGAAGCUGCAGAAAGCCUUCGAGAUCGCCAAGCGAAUCCCCAUCAUCACCUCGGCCAAGACGCUGGAGCUGGCCAAGGUCACGCAGUUCAAGACCAUGGAGUUCGCGCGGUACAUCGAGGAGCUGGCGCGCAGCAUCCCGCUGCCGCCGCUCAUCAUGAACUGCCGCACCUUCAUGGAGGAGAUCCUGGAGGUGGUGGGGGUGGAGGAGAUGAGGCACACCUUCGUCAGGCAGGCGCCCGAGGGAUGCCGGGAGACGGUGAGCAGAGCCAUCGGGGCGAGAGACGUCUUCACCAUCCUGCAGGAGAGGGAGCGAGGGCGGGAGAGGGAGCGCAGCGAGUCCCCCGCCGCCGACUCGGACAACUCCUCCGUUCACGAGCAGCCACAGCACAUUGCCAUCCAGGUGUCGGUCCACCCGCAGCUCGCCAUCGGCGGUUACAUCGAAGCUCCACCUCAGCCAGAAGCCUCCUCGCCUCCUCCUUCCUCCCCACCUCCACAAACUCCUGUCGACCACCAGGAGCAGCCUGAGGCGGAGGGGGAGCAGGACCCGGCUGCGUCCGAACCAACAAAUAAGGCCGCGUCCUGCCAGGUGUUUUACGAGAGCCAUGUGUGACGAAACAAACAAACCCUGGAGGAGCGACGAGUUUUCCUGCUAUGCAUUUCCACUUGAAGACAAAAAAAAAAAGGUCAAACAUUUUUAAUUUCACAUUUUUUGGAGAAACAAUCAUUUUUAUUUAUCUUUUCUGAUGGAACAAUCUCUUAAAACCUUUGUAGGCGGCUCCACCGAGAAUAAAUCGUGAGGUUUUUAGUCACUCAAGCAGGUUUUCUCACUCUGGACUUUCAGGCUUGAAUGUACACGAUGAGGAGGGCGGAUCGAUAUUAUUAUUAAUGUAAGAAGCAGUGAAUUGUAAAGGGACAUUUCCUGUGUUGAGAUUUUCAUAGCUAUUAUUUAAUGAAUUCGGGUGUUUCACUCUCGGGGGGGUAAAAUGAUUUCUCAGUUUUUAGUUUCUUACAGUGCUAGGGUUUUUACGACUAACUCCAGAAAUCUGCCUCAAGCUGCUUUCAUGACGUUUUUUCAAACCAUGAAAGCUAAGCUUCCUUCAUCCACUCAAGAAUUCACAUCCAGCUGCUGUUACAGCCGAUCCGCUGUUAAUGUACGACGUCCCGCUCACCUACAGAUGCAUGCUGGGCUGAAAAAAGAGAGUUUGGUCACCAUUUCAUGAUUGUACGGCCUACUGUGUUUCUACUAAAAAAAAACAAAACAAGUAAGCCGAGUUAAUCUAUGUGUGUACAGUAUAUUUCCUGGGUCUCACACACAGACACACACACACACCUCUGGGUAGUUUUUGUCUGUUUCAUUUGAAAUAUUUUAAGAGUAUUAUUAUAACCCAUCGUGGUGUGAUUUUUGUUUCUCGGCUAAACAUUUUUUUGUCGUCUCCUUUCUCCUCCGUAGAGAAGCGUAGCUUUUUUUCUUCCAUGUGCUGUUUUAGGGUUUUAAUUUCCUUCCAGACCUGAUCUCAGCAUCGUCCUGCUCCUGCAGAGGCUUUACAGUACAGUCGCGUUUCUGCUGCAUGUGAGAGCGGACAGUGGGACUGAAACGACUCUUUUUUUUCUCCCUUUGCUUGGCUAACAGUCCAGUCUGUGGCGGAGAUGAACUGGGUGCUGUUCUGCUUUUACUGGUGCUCUUGAGAUGGCUCUUUUUUUGUAGUGGAAUAAAAUGAAAGUGCUGUGUAAAAAAAAAAAAAAAAAAAAAAAAAAAAGUUUGGCAGUUUGGUCAGUUUUUUUUUCAUCCAUCUGUCUUACAAGCAUCUAACUUUUUAAACCUGUUCAUAAAUGUGUGCAACAUUAAAAAAAUGUGUUGUUUUUGUAGUUAUGAGCAGUUCUGGUAGAAGCCAGACAAACACUGAUAUGUCUACUAUUGUGUUAGUGCCCCACCCACUAUUUUGGGAGAAUUAACACUUUGAAACCUGAGCAAAUGGGCUUGAUUUCUUUCAACAACAAAGGAAGAAGAAAAUGA